AUUUGCAUCUAUGCCAAAAGUUCGAAAAACACAAUAACAGUGCUUCCACUUUCGAAAACAUGACCCUCACUGAGGAUGAGUGGGCCGGUGGAUACAAGAUUAUGCUGUGUAUAUAAUAAUGUUCGUAUAAUAUAAUAUGUUCGACGUCACAAAGCAUCCUAAAUACCUUGCGAUUUUCGAGGGCAUUUUUGUUCCAAAUUGUUAGGAUAAUAAAGUAUUUUAAUUAAAAAAUAUUGUAAGCCAGAGCUUCAGCUGAAUAGAGGAUAAUUAUAAGUUGAUAUUUUCUUUGACCAAUCGUAACGCACUAUUCUAAACCAAUCACGUUUCAGACAAUGCAGACAAUCCGACCAAUAAGCGAUUCAAACCAAUAGUGAUUACUGCAAACCUAUUUACAAACACUGGGGUUAUAUACACAGAUAAGUGAUUAUAUACAACACGUGUUGACUUUUGACAGUUGAAAGUUGAAACAUUGUUAUUUAUAUCGGCAUCACAAAAUUUUUGAAAUUCCGAUAAUGGAUAAGGUCCCAUCCAUCGCUUAUUCGUGCGAAGAAGUAUCGGAAUGGCUUAAACUCAAUGGAUUUGAAACGUUUAGUGAUAAAUUUAUCGAAGAGGAUGUUGACGGUGAAGCGCUCGCUCUUUUAUCUGAGAAUGCACUCGAGUCUCUUGUCGACAAAGUUGGGCCAAGAAUGAAGCUUUUAGGCGUUAUUAAGAAGAUGGUUAGGAGUGAUUCUGAGUCUGUUGAAAGCGGCAACAGUGGUAGCUUGUCACGUUUGCCUUGGGAUUUAGAAUGCCCAAAUAACUCUAAAGAUCAAGAUUCGCCUCGUUGUUCUUCGCCAAUACCAAGGAAUGAUUGCUCCACUGUAAGAAAAACCUGGGUUACACCAUUUUGCCUACCUGAACGAUUUCCCCCAGCUGUACAAGAAGCCUUGUCAAAGAAUAUAGCCUUACCAAAGUUGAUUCGUGUGAAAUUUAUCCAGGCGAUUUAUGACAAGAUAUGCCUUUUUACAAUUUCACCAACACCUGACCAACGCCGUGAUGUAUGUAGGGCAAUUAUAUCAAAAUAUCCUUCCUUGGCAGAUGUUGGUGGCAGCUAUGAAACCUGGUAUCGUCAGUUAGGCGAUAAAGUUAAAAAUGAAUUAAGGCAUGAAAGGAGUGAUCCAGUUGUGCUAGCAAGAAAAAGAAAGUCAAUUGAAGGCUCGGAUUUGACAGCUAAGGUGCCAGGAAGCAGCCGAAGGGGAAUAAUAAAUUGGGAACCUCCUGCUGUUGAUGGUGAGGACCUACAUUCUAACAAAGCCCAUGUUCAAUGGAUGCAGAAGGAGUACCGAAAAAAGCACCCAAACAUGGAAGUCGUUAAGCAGAAAAUGCAACUGACUUUCUCCUUCAGAAGAAAGUACAUAAAUGCUGGGAAGUGUUCCCUUAAUGAAAUUGAUGCAAAAUACCCUUUUUUAUUUGAACAUGAUCAGUUGCAAGAUGAGUAUGAAAGAUUGGUGUCUGGCAGUAGUGUUAAAGAUUUGGUUGUUACAAACUUACGUGAGCUUGCACCUAAGAUUUUGAAAGCUGCCAGCAAGAAGAAACUCCCUCAACUUGAAGAACUGGUUCAAGCUUGCGUACAAAAUGAGGAUGAACUGGAUGAGGAGAACAGAUUGACAGAUGAUGAGAAAGUUGUUGUGGCACUUUGUACCUUGCCACACCUUUUGGAAAGGAAAACAAAAAGUAAUCCACAUCCAGAAAAUUUCCUUUAUCAGACAGCAGAAAACCCAGAGGUAUUGUUAAAGAAAGCUGCCAGCCCCAUCAGCCCAUUCAUCAUCUUUGUGGAGGACAGUGAUGGUCACAUAAUGAACAAAAUGUUUGUUGCAGGGGAAAAACAAGUUUGUUUGGAAACAGAUAACAUUUUUUCAGCAGUAUCGUCCCUUUUGUUUUGUAUUAUGUUUGUAAUUUAG